CGAGAAGCCGAGGAGGAAGAACGGAACCGCCAUUGCAUUCCAGUUGCCUUUCGAACCUAACCUAACGCCCGGUUUAAACAAUUGUUUCGAUACAUGCAGCGACUGCAAAAUUGAUAAAAAAAUAAUACGGAUAUGCCCGGCGGAAAAAGUAACCAAACCGGAUUCCAACCGGACUCCGAUGUUCACGUUACGUUUGAGGAUCAACAGAAGAUUAACAAGUUCGCGAAGCAAAAUGCCAAGCUGAACGAUUACAAGGAGGAGCUUAAGACCAAGCAGAACGAGUUGAAGAACUUGGAGGAUGCUUUCGACGAAUUGGUCCUGAUGGAUGACGAUGUGAAAGUGCCGUACUUCAUCGGGGAAAUCUUCGUUCAUCAGAGUCUCGAAACCACACAGAACUGCCUGGAGGACGCUAAAACUAAGAAAAAGGCGGAGAUCACGAAUCUGGAAAGCAAAUAUAAAAACUUGAAGACCCUCAUGACCGGAUUGAAGACACAAUUGUACGCGAGGUUUGGUGACCACAUAAAUUUGGAAUCGGAAGAGGAAUAGCCUUUCUAUUCAGUAAUGCAUUUAUUAUUAUUAUUAUUAUUUAUCGAUUUUAUUCUUUAAAUUAUGUUUAACGUACAAAAAUAAAUAAAAGCAUAUGCUUCUAUAUUUUUCAUCUACUUUUUAAUUCCUGUUAAGAAAUAUUAUAUUUAAUGUUUGACAAAAUAGGAUUUUAUUAGUAAAUAUAACAAAUAAAAACUUGCAAAAG